AUGUUGGAGAUCUGCUUUGUGAUUUUCUCUCCUGUGGGCUGUUUGGUUGAAGGACCGCCUGCUAGUUUCAUCGCCCGAGGACAAAGCGCCCGGGGCUGGUACGAGUGUUUAAAUGAGUUUGCCGAUGGCUUCACCUCCUCCUUCCUCUUGACAUUUCAAAGGUACGAGCCGCUCGCCAGCAGAUACGGUGUAGGAGAUCGAGGUGUUAGGCUGUACGGCGCUUUACCCGUGAGGCCCAACCCUGAGGAGAAAAGACUGCCCUCGUCAGGGUUUGAUGGUGACAACAUGUACAUGAGUGAGAACAACCAAGAGUUCCUCUCCCCGAGUCAGCAGAAUUACUCAGGACAGGGAGGGGGCAGUGGGAACGGCGGAGGAGGGGGAGACGAGGACUACGAGAUCCCUCCUAUAACCCCACCGAAUCACCCCGAGCCGCCGCUGCUGCACCUGAUGGACCCCGAGUCCGGCUACCUGUGUCACUCCAUCCCUCACAACGGCCUGAUCAACCCGUACUCGUACCCCGAGCUGCCCGCCCUCAUGAUGUCCAACAUGCUCGCCCAGGACGGACACCUGCUAUCCAGCCACAUGCCCUCGAUGCCGGUGUUUGCAGGGCAAGUGGGCGGUCAUUACCCCCGCGCCCACCACAGCCCCAUGCUAAACCCAUCUGCCCGGAUACUGCCCCACCCCAUGAGCGCCCUGUCCCAGCUCAGCUCUCAGAUUGGCCAAGGCUCCUUUACACACGGUUCCCCGUCAUCGUCAGGAAGUCAGUCAGCCACGCCCUCCCCCUCAAGCUCCGCCCAGGAAGAGGAAGCAAAGUACCACUCAAAGGCAUACAAACGGAAAACAGAAGCAGCAAAGAAGGAGUACCUGAAGGCCCUGGCAGCGUACCGAGCCAGCCUGGUUUCCAAGACCUACAGUGACCCUGUGGAGAGCAAAAGCACCCAGUCUAGUCAGGCAUCGUCACACAUGAUGCCCCCCAAUGCCCCCCUGUACAGCGUCCCACCCCAGCCCUCCUCCCCGUACCUGGGCCCCAGCCCCUUCCCUCUCUCGGACCUCCAGAGCUAUGCAGCGGGGGCUCCCAGACACGGCCUUCCCCGUUCGGCCAUGCUGCCCGCACUCAGUGCCUCCCCCCCAGCGUCCUUCCAGAUCAGCCCUCCCCUCCACCAGCAGCUCUCUCUGCACCAGGGCUCCCUCCUCAACCAGCCAAUCCGCAUGCAGCAAGUCCAGUCGCAGCCAAUCAUCUCUCACCAGAUGGGCCUCCAGGCUCCGCUGCACUCCCCACCCCCAGGACAGCAGGGAUUCUCUCACUUACAGUCCGAGUAUCAGAAGAGCGUGGGGGAGUCUCAGUCUCCAGGGGCUCCGAACCCAGCGGGCCAGAACCCCGACUGGGACAGCGAGUACUGCAACCGGGAAUGCGGCGGAAACCACUGCAGUGGCAGUAUGAUAGGCAGGGAUAAGCCACUCUACCUCACUUGAAGCAAAACAAGGAGAACGGAAAGAGAAAAGAUGAAACAACACCAGGGAGUCCCCCACACCUCUCCACCCUUCCCAGACAUCAUCAGUUUCCCUCAGUGUCAUUUUUCAUUCAUUUUUAGAAGGAUGUGUGUGUGAAGACUACUAGUGAUCCUUUCAUUUUUGCCAAGCACUUAAAAAAUGUACAGGCCUCUCCGCCAGAGACCUCAGAGAGCACUCACCCCGUCUCUAAAUAAAUUUAAAAGAAAACAACAAAAAAAGAUGUAUAUAACAAAAACGAAAAGGAAAAAAAAUAAAAUAAAGCAAACUACCAUUAAACUGGCCCUCAGGGCAAAUGAGCUUUAACUAAAACAGAGGAAAACUCUCCUCGUAGUUUCUCAGUUACUUUCCCUCUGGUCUCAUUUUUAUUUUAUUAGAAUUUUUUUUUGUUUUGCUGUUGUACUUUUAUUUAUUUCCUGCUUGCAACAUAGCGCUUCUUUUGGCCAACAGGUCCUUUACUUUAGAGAAAAUAUUCUUCUGAGGGCGAUACGUUGCUGUUCAACUAAUGCUCUGUGAAUUUUAGGCAAAAAAAUAGACAAGAAAAAAGAAAUACGCAAAUGGAAAACUUCUUUUUGUAAUUUUAAAGACCCGUGUAGGUCUUUGUUGAUCUGUCACAGUGUGAUUGUAAAUAUCACUUUUUUGGGGGUCAAAUAGGGAAGAUGAAGUCCAGAUAUUUUUUCUUCUUUAAUAUGACUUAUAAUUCAUUGAUUUGUAUUUUAAAUGGUAUUGUGUGAAUGCGUGCCGGUAUGAAUGAGCGUGUGUGAGUGUAUUUGUGCGUUGUGUAACUGAACAGCCUGUGCAGGUGAUAUCAGAAGAGUGUUUCCACACGUACACAAUCUUGCAUUAAAAUCUGUGCUCACUGGUGUGAUUUCCCAAAAAAAGAUCUAUGGCAAAAACCAUGACAGACUGCAUGACCUGGCUCUCCAUUUAGGCUCCCCAAUUCAUCAGAGCCUCAUUUUUGAUUUUGAAGCACGACUGUAUGGAAGUCUGUUUCCACCACUGAAUACAAAAUAAAAAGGUA